AUGCAAGGACAGGGUAAUGGUCAAUAUAAUUUAAAUAUUCAAAAUCAACAAUUACCUAUAGGAUUGCAACAACAACAAAACAAUUCACAAUUUUUCAUGAAUCAAUCAUCAUAUUCCUCACAACAAGUAUAUUACUCUCAAUAUGGAGGGGGUGGCCCAUUACAAUCACCAUUGGUACCACAAAAUUUACAAGCUCAACCAAAUCAAAUGGUAAUGCAACAAUUUCCACAAAUGAUGAAUGGGAUGAUGAUGCAACCACAACAAAAUACGAUGAUGAAUAAUAAUGGUAUGGGAAUAAUACAACCACAGAUGAUGAAUGGAAUGAUGAUGCAACCACAACAAAAUACGAUGAUGAAUAAUAAUGGUAUGGGAAUACCUAAUAAUACUGGUAGUGGCAGCAUGUUAUCAAAUCAAAUUUUACAACCAACCCAAAAAUCGAAUAGUGGUAAUAAUAGUAGUAAUAUUUCCCCAGCCCAAUCACAAAAUUCACAACAACAACAGCAACAACCCUCUACAGUUUUAUCAGGCGAUAAAAAUAAUCGAUGGUUCCCAACUAAAGAUAAUGAUCCAUUCCUUUCAAUAGAACAAGAGAAAAAGAAACCACAAUAUAAAGCAGCUGACUGGAGCGAUAAAGAUAAAUAUAGGGAAAUUUUAGAUUCGUUAAAUACUCCUUCACAACAACAGCAACAAAUGAUAAAUAGUGCCGGUAUGAUGGGUAUGGCAAACCAACAACAAUUUAGUAAUCACCCAAGCGGAGUUAAUUCAAUGCCAAACCUUCAACAACAGCCUCAAAUGUCCCAACAACAAAUGCAACAGCUUUUAAUGAAUUACCCACAAUUACAACAACAGAUGAUUCUAAACCCACAGUUACAACAACAAAUAAUGAUGAAUCCUGCAAUGCUAAACCAAUUAAAUCAUAUUAGCCAAAUGAACCAACUUAAUCAAAUGAAUGUUUUAAAUCAAUUAAAUAACAUGAAUGGUAAUAAUGGUAAUAACAUGGUAAUGAAUAACAAUAUGAAUCAAAUGGGUAUGAAUAUGAACAAUAUGAACAAUAUGAAUCCAAUGGUUGACCAGCGUGCUUUAUCAGGAGGAAAUAUUAAUCCAAAUGGAGCUAACUAUUCAUCGCCAACUUCAUCAUUAGACCACAAUUCAAACAAUAUGUUAUUAAUGCAACAACAUUUACAAAAUAUUCCACAAAAUAUGCCACAACAAUCCCCAACUUCAUCUUUAUCAUCACCAUCGCCUAAUACCUCUCUUUCACCACCCAAACAACAAAGCAUGGGAGUUUCUACUUCUCCAUCUGCCUCAAUGGGUGUUAACAAUAAUAAUAGCAAUAAUUUGAAUAACUUAAUAUCGAGUUUACCAAGUUCAAACCCAUCUCCAUCAAGCUCAUUAAAUAAACAGACAACACCAAUAACAGCUCAAUCAUUACCCAAGCCAGAAACUUCAAUUCCACCAAUUCCUCAACAUCUUGCUGGCAAUAAUGCUUUUGCUGAUCCUAGAAAACACUCCUCCUCUGCACUUUUAAACUCUUUAGCCCCAACAAAUACUGUAAAUCAAUCAUCAUCCUCAUCAUCAACCACAACUACAACCUCACAACAAUCAUCCUCAUCGAUCCAACAACCACAACAACAAAAAAAUCAAUUUGAUUCAUAUUCAAUGUUCCAACAAAAUUCAUCAUCAUCGUCAUUCCAACAAUCAUCAAUUCAACAACAAAACUCACCAUCACUUUUUACUUUUGAACAACAAACUGUAGAUUAUAACCCAACUCAAUCACCAAUUACUUCACAAAAUAAUAAUAUUAAUUUUAUACAAUCACCUGUAACUUUACAACAAACACAAACACAACCACAAUCACAACAACCAAUUAAUAAUGGUUUCAUGCCAUCACCAACUACAUCAUUCUCUGAAGAGGAAUAUAAGAAACAAAUCGAAGAAAAGAUUAGAAAAGAAGUCGAGGAUAAAAUAAAACAAGAAUAUAAUGAAAAGAUGCAAAAACAAAAAGAAGAGUUAGAAAAAUUAAAAGCUUCUCAAACUCCUCCAUCGACCACAACAACAACAUCAUCCUCAUCCUCAUCAUCUCAAACCACCACAACGACUACUACUUCACCAGAUUAUAUAUUCCCAGAUUUAUUUGCCGAUUUCCAACCAGUAAAAACAAAUUAUCAACCACCAACACCAACAUCCCAAACAGUCCAACAACCAUUUGUUAAUAAUAAUUUAAAUAUCCCAACAACUAAUAAUAGUAAUGAUCCAUCACCUGUAAUUUCUAGAAAAUCCGUUUCCCAAAGUGAUAAAGAUAAAGUCAAGAAAGAUUUGGAAAAUAUGAACUUUAAUAAGGAUCCUAAAUCAAUUGGGCUCCUCAAAACCCCAACUAAAGUUACCACUACAACCUCAUCAUCAUCAUCAACUACUACAACCUCAAAUUCCUCAUCAACAACCGUUGAGGUUCAAUGCCCAAUUUGUCAACAACGUUUCCAAAAUGAAAGAGUUUUGUCAGUUCAUCUUGAUGAUUGGCAUCCAUCUAUGAGGGGCACCUUAUUUAGCCCACCAGUCAGCUCCAAUAAUAGCCCACCUAUUAUCGAUUUUAGUGACAUCGAAAAACCAUCCUCUACAAAUACUAAGGCUAGAUCAAAAACUGUUUCGUUCCAAUCUGUACCAAUUGAAAGUAAAAAAUCAAUAUCAUCAGAGGAAUUGAAAAAGAAAACCCAAUCACUCCAUAGCACACCAAUUAAAUCCACAUCAUCCUCAUCAUCAACUACCACAUCAUCAUCAACCACAACAACAACAGUCAUCCCAUCAAUUCCACCAGCUCUUAAAAAUAGACUCAAUGAUCAAUCAGAUAUCAACUUAUUAUCUACCUCAUUCGAGAAAGUCUUUGUUAAAAUGAAACCAAAAAUUGUAUAUACCACCGAAUCUGCUGUUCUCGUUAUUCAAACUAAUUUCCGUCGUUGGAAAGCAAGAAAGGAAUUUAAACGUGAACAAUUACGUUAUAAAGCUGUCAGCGAAUUGAUUAGUACCGAAAAGUCAUAUGUAGAAGGUUUAGAGAAAUUAAUUGAAAACUUUGCCACUCCACUAAUGGGUUUAGCUGACAAUGAUUGUCCACUAAUCGAGCGUAGUGACAUCGAAUUCAUUUUUGGUAAACAUAAAAUCAUCCUCCAAUUUAACAGAGAACUAUAUUUACGUUUAGCUGAACGAAUUGAAAAUUGGAAUAUAGUUACAAAGGUUGGCGAUGUUUUAAUGGAUAUUAUCAAACAAGACGAAUUUAAAUCCAUUUACAACAGCUUUACUCUUUCCUAUCAAAAUAUUUUAAGCACCAUCGAAAAAUUAUCAAACAGCAAAAACUCUUUCAAAACAUUCCUCCGUAAUUCAGAAAGAUCACUUUGGAGUGGGGGUAACGGUAUCACUGGUAACAAUCUUCAAUCACUUUUAAUAACCCCAGUUCAAAGAAUUACUCGUUAUCUCUUACUUUUAAGAGAAAUUAUUAAAUUCACCAAGGCAUCCCAUCCAGACUAUGAUGAUCUUUGUAUCUCUUACUUUGAAAUGCAAGACAUGUGCACAGAUGUAAAUGAAAACCAACGUAAAGAAGAAAAUGAAAAGAUUCGUAUCCAAACUCUUACAAAUAUUUCAAAUCGUUUCGAUCCAAAACCAAAAGAAUUAAAUCUUGUUGUUGAUGGCAGAUAUCUCGUCAAAGAAGGUUCAAUCUCUGUUUAUGACUCUGACUCUGAAAAGAAAAAAGAACGUGCCUACUUUUUAUUCAAUGACAUCCUUUUAAUUGUUAAAAAGAGUAAAAACAAGUUGUUAUUCAAGAAUUUGGUUUAUUUACAAAAUAUUGUUCAUAGAAGUUUACCUGAUAAUCAAAAAUGCUAUGGAACUAUUUCAAAAUAUUCAUUCGAAAUUUUAGGUCAUGGAAAUCAUGUAAUUUUAUUCUUUUCAGAUUCACAAGAAGAAAAAGAUUUAUUUUUAAAAGAAUUAGAUACUUUAGCUCCAUCGAAAAAAUAA